AUGAAGCAUUCUGAGAAACCGCGUCCUGGAGGUCCUGUAACGAAUACUAGGACUAUAAUCAUCACGCUCCUUUUGCUACUCGUCGGAUUGACUGCAGGGUGUUUGCAAGACCCAUUUCAUGUAUGGGACCGUGUACUUGGCAAAUCCAAGUCCGGCGCAUCUUAUUUCUCCAAACAGUCCAAGCACUGCGCUGACAUCCCCCCAAUUUCCGCAAGCGAAUUUGAUGGAAGGCAACGAGAUCUAGCUAAUGCUCUCCACGCCACCAACGCAUCAGCUUACAUCGCCGAGCCAGGAGCGAGUGCACUCUAUUUCACAAAUGUCACAACCACACAGUGGAAACUUACAGAGCGUCCACUUCUGCUCAUAAUAUCACCAGAGGUCAACGCUGGGUCUGUGCUACCUAAAUUGACCAUCCUUGCUCCCCAGUUCGAGAAGUCUCGUGCAAGCAUACUCCCCAUACCCUUCGACAAUAUCCAGUUCAUUCUAUGGCCUGAAGAACAGGAUCCCUACCAGGUUCUCGUAGAUUCAAUCGACCUCCCGGAGGGAAGCAUAUACAUCGAUAGCGCAACUCGGUUCUUUAUUGUUGACGGGCUACAGAAGGCUUAUGAGAAAGGCCAAGUGUUAACAGCUCCUCCUGAAGUCACCAAGCUGAGGGAGCGCAAAUCAUCUCAUGAGAUUGACAUCAUGAGGUGUGCAAAUGAGGCAAACCUGCUGACUAUCCGCCAAGUUCAUAAGCAGUUGUACAUCGGUAUUCGAGAAUCCGAGGCUCAGAGCAUGAUAGCAUCUGCUUUGACCGAGAUGGGAUUGGAAAAUGGAGCAUGCAUAACGUUGUUCGGAGAGGACGCAGCGUUACCCCAUGGCGGCGGAACCGAUAAGCAACUAGGCGUAUCCGACUUUGCCUUGUUUGACUGCACUGCGUCUCUUCAUGGUUAUUGGAGUGAUGUUACACGGACUGUCGCGCUGCCCGAUUCCCAGAUCCCAAGCGACCAUCAGGAGAUCUGGAAACACGUGCGCUCUGCGCAGGGCGCAGCUCUUGCACAAGCUCAUGAGGGUGUUGUCGCAAAAUCGGUUGAUGCAGCUGCCCGAAAAGCUCUGGCGGAAUUCCAACUCGAUGGUUUCCUCACUCAUCGUCUUGGCCACGGGAUCGGUCUAGAAAAUCAUGAAGCACCGUAUCUCAACGGUGGGAGCGAGGCUGUUUUGACGCCGGGUAACUGUUUUUCAGACGAGCCUGGAGUUUACAUUGAAGGAGAGAUUGGCGUUCGUCUAGAGGACUGCUUCUGCAUUGACGAAAGCGGACAACCAGUCUUACUUACUAAAGGCGUGGGUGGUCAGACAUCCAGUCCAUGGUCCCCAUGA